AUGGGAAUGUGUUUCCUGUCUGGUGGUAGUAUACAUCGAGGCGAGUCUGGUAGUGGGCGAGAGCAGUGCUUUUCUUCAGCCACUGCUCAGAUAACUUGCCCUUUCAUGACAUUGUCUUCUACUUCCCUCGCCAUCCCAGCAGCUCUCUACGCAGUUCUUAACCAGAGUGGUUCCAAGGAGAAGGCCCACAGCAUCCUCACUCUCUCUCGUGGCAAAGCAAUCAUUCUUCUCCUGCUUUCCGUACUAUAUGUCGUCUUCCAGCUCCGAACACACAGCAACCUCAUCGACGCCGAGAACCAGAACGAGGGCGGCGAGGAGUCUGAGUCAAAGGAUCCUGAGUCGGAGGAGCCUACUAUUGGACCCAUUGCCGCUAUUACCGUCUUUUAUGUCACUACCGUUCUUGUCGCCGUCUGCGCCGAUUACCUUGUUGAUAGUAUUGACGAUCUUAACGAGAUAACGUUAUCCAGAAUUAGCCGAGAAUUCAUUGAUCUGAUCUUGAUUCCUAUCGUUGGAAAUGCCACAAAGCACGUUACCGCCGUUAUUCUUGCGCUCCGUGACAAGAUGGACCUCACCAUGGAUGUUGUCGCUGGCUCUUCGAUCCAAAUUGCACUCCUGGUUGCUCCCUUCCUCGUCUUUGUUGGCUGGAUCAUUGGCAUUGAGAUGACUCUUCACUUUGAGACGUUUCAAACUGCCGCCUUCGCAGUGUCUGUCCUCGUCGCCACAUGCACCAUUUGGGAUGGGAAGUCCAACUAUCUCAAGGGUGCUAUACUUAUAGGUCUUUAUGUCAUCAUCGCCUUGGCUUUUUACGUUACUCCUUCUGAUGAUAUGAAACCAAUCAAAUGA